UUUGCACCAUGAAUGGCUGAACGUUUGUACGGCCUGUUUCAUUUUGUGGUGUUAAUCGAAACCGAACGCUAAAGCUAUGUUUUUCUACGAUGCUAAAUCGGUUUAGAGUUGAUCGUUCAGGAUGUAUAAAUAUGCGAGACUACAUAAAAGUGAACUAUUCAGUGGAAGCUUUGCGUCGAGGAUUCUCGAAGCUCAACUAAUGAUAUCACAAAUUUUGUGACAGACUCAACUGAAACACGCGGGGUUAAUCUUGUUGACAAGGAUUUCGAACUUAUUUAUAACAAACUCUGCCUGUGACGCGCAAAACACAAAACGCGGAAAGGUCACAUUCCGUUGUUCCAAAAUAGGCAAAUGUAAUCAACGUGAUCACCCGGAUAUCGAUCGAUGGAGCAUAAAAUACGUAAACAUCGUUCAGGCUGUAAGUCUGCUAUGGCCAUGGACACAGGAUCUGUUAUCUGGAGUGAAAAAGCCUAUAGACUACGAGAAUUUCACCAGCACUUUGAACUUCCUCAACUAGUGUGUGUGGAAGAUGGCUACUACGACGAGAAAGACGAGACGACGCUCUCUCGUGAUGACGUUCUAACACUACAUGUUCUGCAGAAAGUUAGUUUUUACAAAGCAGUUGACAAGAACGGCCAAGAAAUUAACAUACCAGUUAAUCUCGAAGCUACAGUAGAGACAGUGUCCUGUGAAGCUAUCAGGACUUAUCAUAGUAUUAAGGAGCUUAUCAAUGUUUCGGCUAAAAUAGUUAAAUCAAUCCACAAUCAUCCAUGGUUACUCAUACAAGCUGGCGAUACUUUACGAGUACACGAAGUAUACAACGACCGGGGAGUGGAACGUCUAAGAUUCUCUUUCAUAUCCAGACAGCAAGACGAUGUCAUUAUUCCUACCGAAUAUAAAGCAGAUUUCCAUGUACUUCCAGAUAUUAAGAGGCUAUGGCUGACGGAAGUUGAGGAGACUUUGGAGUUACCUGUGAGAAUCAGAUUUACAGAUAAAACUCUGCAAAUAAAACCAGACGAGGAAGGUGGAAUUUAUGAAGACCUUUCGACUAUAGCAGACCUUGGAGAAGUUACGUUACAAAGUAUUCACCACACAGAUCAAUUUGUAGCAAGCACUAGAAAUGAAAACCGAACUAUGGUGCUGAAGAUACCUGCUAAUACGGACAUUACUGUCAAAGUAGGGGUAGGUAUAGAACAGGGAGAUUACACAUAUGUGGAAGUCUGUCAGUUCUACCACGAAAGAGCUCGUCUAUAUCAAUUAGAUGAUUUGGGUGUAGAAUGCAUCAGGAUUGGACAAACAGAUACCAAGGUGGAGAGAAUCUAUGAAUUUGUGGAUGAGUUUUCAGAUGAAGAUGAUGAGCACGAUUAUGAGGACAUGCCGCCAGAAAUUCCUUCUAGAACUAAGCGAGCACCAUUACAUCCAGAAAAAGAGCAUAGCUCUGAUGAUGAUGAUGAUGAUGAUGAUGACGAUGAUGAUGACGAUGCUUCAAGUGAUGAUUACGAGGAGCCUGAAAUAUCCCCACCGAUUCCAACCCGUAGCACGAGUUUACCGCAAAAUUCGAACAUAAACACAUCGACGACAACUAGUAAUCAAAACCUUUGUACUCGCAUUAUGAAUGCACUUCCUUGCUUACGAACACCAUCUGAAAGUCAAAGUCAUUCGGCUAAGACAGUUAACUCGUACAAUCUCGAAGUGUCUGACGAUCAAGGACGAUAUGUAGAGGACAACACUAUUCGUAGCAACACUGCAAGUUUUAAGGAGCGCCCAAACUUAGAAGCAUUCGAAAAACCAGACAAUAACACUGCGUUGACAGAAUUUCCUGAGAGACUUGACUCGUUGGAUGUGGAAGGAGUCAUUUGGUGUCUAAAAGCUUUGAACAUGGAUCAACAUGUAGAAAAGUUCAAAAAAGAACAGAUUAAUGGCAGACUCUUUGUUACAUUAACCAAAGAUUUACUGAAAUCACUCGGAGUUAUUAACAAGUUCCAACAAGCAAAGUUAUUGAAGUUUAUUCACGAAGGAUGGAGACCAGAUCAAAUCACUUUACAAAAAUAAGAAAAAGUACUAAUGCUAAUGAUUUUGUUAUACAUGAGUCUUACGAGAGCUAUGGACAAAAAAAAAAAAAAAAAAAAAAAAAA